UUUCUCGGGUGGGCAGUGACUCACAAAAGCCUCCCUUAUCCUGCCCAAGCACGGUGUCCCCCGCCCCGGCUCUGGUGCCUGUCCGCUCCUCCCCCGCCUUCGGAGAGGUUGAUUUCGCCCGCUCGGCUCUUCUCCCUGCCGCAGCGCACAACUUGGUUCAGCCCGGGGCAGGCGCUAGGGAUAAGCCCUGUCCCCUUUGAAGAGCCUCGGUUCGGGCUCUCCUCUUCCCUCCCACCGCCACUGCGCACUCCUCGGUUCCGACUGGGCCCUUCCGCCCGGGCGGCGGCGGCGGCAGCAGCGGCUCCACGAGUUCUUGCUCUCCGUGCCCGAGGCUGGCUCGGAGCGCGGCGGCAGGAGCAGCAGCAGGAGCAGGAGCGGCGGCGGCGGCGGGAGGGGGUUGCUGUGCUGGAGCCGCCGAUGCCGCUGUGAGAUGGCAUCAUUCUGCGCGGCGGCGGCGGCGGCGGAGCGUGGCGCGGAGGGGUGAGGAGCCGCCGCGGCGGCGAGGAGGAGAAAAAGAAGAAGAAGAAAAAGGUGGGAGGAAGGAGAAGGAGGCGGCAGCAGCUGUGAGGCUGCGAGCCACGGCUAAAACCUAAACCUCUGACAUGGCCACAGCCUCACCAAGAUCUGAUACAAGUAACAACCAUAAUGGAAGAUUACAGAUGCAAGUAACAGUUUCUAGUGCCAAACUGAAGCGGAAAAAGAAUUGGUUUGGAACAACUUUCUAUACAGAAUUAACUGCAGAUGGAGAAAUUAAGAAAACAGCAAAAUCAAGUAGUUCUUCAAAUCCAAAAUGGGAUGAGCAGCUGACAGUGAAUGUGACUCCACAGACUACGCUGGAAUUUAGAGUGUGGAGCCAUCACACUUUAAAAGCAGAUGCUUUAUUAGGAAGAGCCACUGUAGACUUGAGACAAGCUUUGGAAAUACACAAUAGAAAAUUGGAGAAGGUGAAAGAACAGUUGAAACUCUCUUUGGAAAACAAGAGUGGCAUGGUGCAAACAGGUGAACUGACAGUUGUGCUAGAUGGUUUGGUAGUUGAACAAGAAUCUCUUACAAAUCUCAGUUCAUCAGCAAACAUAGAAGUUCAGCAGAAUGGUGAGGCUGUGCAUGAAAGCAGAGACGCUUCAGCAAGAAGUACAUCCAGAUCUGCUUGUGACAUUUCUAAUGGGAUAGACAAUCAAGUACCUUCCAACUCUGUAGUGCAGAAUGCAUUCUGUAUAGAAGCUGUUAAUGGAGACAGCACAUCAUCUCCUACUCACGUUGCAGACAGACCCAAAAAUUCACCAGUACCAAAUCCACUUGCACCUCAGCCUGUCAACAGCACUGUUAAUAGCGACUCAUCCACCUCUGCACCAGAAGCUGGUAAUUCUUCUGCCUCUGAGGCUCCAGUGGGUUCAGCCGAAGCUCCUGUGUCUUCAGAUUGCAAUAACACCACAGCAGAAGCUCAGUCAACAGCAGAAGCAGCUAAUUGUUCUGAAAGCCACACUUCUACCUUACCUGUUGCAUCUGUUGGACUGGAACCCACAGCUACAACUGACUGUGCUCAGCCUAAUGCCAGAAACAGUGCAGCAGCAGACGCAGCAAAACCAAGGGAAUCCUCCUCCUCCUCCACCUCAAGUGCAUCUGCAGAACCUGUAAGACAGCAGCCUGGUAAUGCCAGUGCAGAACCUUUACCACCAGGGUGGGAGCAAAGAAAGGAUCCUCAUGGUAGAACCUAUUAUGUUGAUCACAAUACACGAACUACAACGUGGGAAAGACCGCAGCCCUUACCUCCUGGCUGGGAAAGAAGAGUUGAUGACCGUGGGCGAGUUUACUAUGUGGACCACAACACCAGGACAACAACGUGGCAGCGCCCAACGAUGGAGUCAGUCAGGAACUUUGAGCAGUGGCAGUCUCAAAGGAAUCAACUGCAGGGAGCUAUGCAACAAUUCAACCAACGAUACCUCUAUUCGGCUUCAAUGUUGUCAGCAGAAAAUGAUCCACUGGGGCCUUUGCCACCAGGUUGGGAAAGGAGAGUGGACUCAAAUGAUAGGGUGUAUUUUGUAAAUCAUAAUACAAAGACAACACAGUGGGAAGACCCUCGAACUCAAGGUUUACAAAAUGAGGACCCUCUACCAGAGGGCUGGGAAAUCAGAUAUACGAGGGAAGGUGUCAGAUAUUUUGUUGACCAUAAUACAAGAACCACCACCUUCAAUGAUCCUCGUACUGGGAAAUCUUCUGUAAAUAAAGGGCCACAGAUUGCUUACGAGCGUAGCUUUAGGUGGAAGCUUGCUCAUUUCCGUUACUUGUGUCAGUCCAAUGCACUGCCAAGUCAUGUGAAAAUCAAUGUAUCCAGACAGACUUUGUUUGAGGAUUCCUUCCAGCAAAUUAUGGCAUUAAAACCCUAUGAUUUGAGGAGAAGACUGUAUGUUAUAUUCAGAGGAGAGGAGGGAUUGGAUUAUGGUGGCUUGGCAAGAGAAUGGUUUUUCUUGCUUUCCCAUGAAGUACUGAACCCUAUGUACUGCCUAUUUGAAUAUGCUGGCAAGAGCAACUAUUGCCUGCAGAUAAAUCCAGCAUCAACAAUCAAUCCUGACCAUCUUUCAUAUUUCUGUUUCAUUGGGCGCUUUAUUGCCAUGGCAUUGUUUCAUGGGAAAUUUAUUGACACUGGUUUCUCUCUGCCUUUCUACAAACGAAUGCUGAGCAAGAAACUUACUAUUAAGGACCUAGAAUCUAUUGAUACUGAAUUUUACAACUCCCUAAUUUGGAUAAGGGAUAAUAACAUUGAAGAGUGUAACUUGGAAAUGUACUUUUGUGUGGAUAUGGAGCUCUUAGGAAAAGUAACUUCACAUGAGCUGAAAUCAGGGGGUUCAAAUAUCUUGGUAACUGAGGAGAACAAAGAAGAAUAUAUUGGGCUAAUGGCCGAGUGGCGAUUUUCUCGGGGAGUUAGAGAACAGACCAAAGCUUUUCUUGAUGGUUUCAAUGAAGUUGUUCCUCUGCAGUGGCUACACUAUUUUGAUGAAAAGGAGCUGGAGGUUAUGCUCUGUGGUAUGCAAGAAGUUGAUUUAGCAGACUGGCAGAGGAACACUGUUUAUCGUCACUACACAAGGAACAGCAAGCAGAUCAUCUGGUUCUGGCAGUUUGUAAAAGAAACAGACAACGAGGUUCGCAUGCGACUUCUGCAGUUUGUCACUGGCACUUGCAGAUUACCACUGGGUGGAUUUGCUGAACUUAUGGGAAGUAAUGGUCCUCAGAAAUUCUGCAUUGAAAAAGUUGGUAAGGAAACCUGGUUACCAAGAAGUCACACUUGUUUUAAUCGUUUGGAUUUGCCACCGUAUAAAAGCUAUGAACAACUAAAAGAGAAGCUGCUCUUUGCCAUUGAAGAAACAGAGGGAUUUGGUCAAGAGUAGAAGUGGCUUCUAGUAAAAAAGGAGAUCUUGCAUAACAAAAGGCCCAGCCAACUAAAAUUGCACACUUAAUUGUAUAUAAGCUUUUUGUUCUGUACAGUGAUCUUUCUGGAACUCUAGAAGUAUAAUUGUUCUCCGUUCUUCCACAAAGAUAUGCAAAAUAGUUCAGCCUUUUCUACUUUUAUUUAUUGCCCUUCCAAAAGACCAGAAAAAACCCUCAAAAAUUUUGAAAGCGGACAAGAGACUUAUUUAAAAUAUAUAUAAAAAUAUAAAUAUAUAUACUAAUAGGCUCUAGUUUUAUAGAGCUUUAAGUGUAUAAAAAUUGCAGCCAUUUAAAAGGGCCUGGAUUUGCUUUAUCUUGGCUUUACUAUUCAGAAAAAUGUUUCAACUGCUCUGUGUUCUCACGUAAGAAACAUCUCCAAGUUUGUUUUAUUGCAUGGCUGUUCUAAAAGGUGUUAAAGACUUAGGCCAAACGUAUUCUAAAUAUGUAGAAAGAUGCUGCUGGUAUUUGAGAAGACAGAAUAUGUUGUUCUGUCAGUUUAAUUUUUUAAAAUACAUAAAUAGCUGAUAUAUCCCUCCCUUCUGAUGUAGCCAAGGUCAUGAAUAAAGCCUUUACUACUUGCACAAGACUCAUGUACAAUAAGAUGAAUGUGAUUUCACGUUGAAAGGAAUUGGUGCCACUGUUCUGACUUACUGUAGGAGCUGAAAAGAAUAUUUUAAUUAAUUUGAGCAGCAUUGAAAUUUGUUUACAUAUUACCUUGGGUUAUUACCACGAGGAUGUUAGGUAAUCUUCAAAGAAAAAAUAAUAAUAAAAGAGAAAAUAUUACACAUUC